ACACAAUCAUUCCCUUUAUUCACAACAAUCAUAUCCGCUUAGCCCUUUCUUACUUUCCUGGCAAUGCUGCCUUUUGCGCAGGGCAGUAGAGUAAACUGGGUUUGACGAGGAGAGUCAAACACUCCUGGGCAAAGCAAUUUUCUGGUUUGGCAAACGCAUGAUGCAGUGCUAUACUGAACUAUUGCCCCCGACUGGGGUCACCCAUGCUUUGGCGGUCCCUUUCCUUGCGGCAACAUCAAAUGAUCUGAUCGUGGUUAGAACAUCACUGCUUCAGAUCUAUUCGCUGCAUAAAGUUACCUCCCAUGCGGAAGGAGCCGACGCCCAGCAGGAAUUGACGAAGCUCCUCCUGGAAAAAGAGUAUUCACUUUCGGGAACUGUAACUGGUCUUUGUCGGGUCAAGGUUCUCAACAGCAGGAGUGGCGGAGAAGCUGUUUUGGUCGCCUUUCGAAAUGCCAAACUUAGCUUGAUUGAAUGGGACCCAGAGCGUCGAAGCAUCUCCACCAUCUCCAUUCAUUAUUACGAGCGAGAUGAUCUGACCCGUAGUCCAUGGGUUCCUGACCUGAAAAACUGUGGCAGCAUCCUCAGUGUGGACCCAAGCAGUAGAUGUGCAAUAUUCAACUUUGGAAUUCGGAAUCUCGCCAUUAUUCCUUUCCACCAGCCAGGAGAUGACCUGGUGAUGGAUGAUUAUGGGUCAGACCUCGGGGAAGGAAUGUCAACUGACCACGAUCUCGGAGGUGGCACUGAUAAGGCCAAAGAGGGUAUUGCGUAUCAAACUCCAUAUGCCCCGUCUUUUGUUCUGCCCUUGACGGCAUUGGAUCCUUCCAUACUUCACCCAAUAAGCCUUGCUUUCCUAUACGAGUAUAGGGAGCCGACCUUUGGCAUAUUAUAUUCUCAAGUUGCGACAUCAAGUGCCCUCCUGCCUGAAAGAAAAGACGUGGUAUUCUAUACUGUGUUUACGCUAGAUUUGGAGCAGCAAGCAUCCACGAUAUUACUUUCCGUGUCAAGGCUGCCUAGUGAUCUGUUUAGGGUGGUGGCCCUCCCACCUCCUGUCGGCGGCGCUUUACUGAUCGGGUCCAAUGAAUUAGUGCAUAUUGACCAGGCAGGCAAGACAAAUGCCGUUGGAGUUAACGAGUUCUCAAGACAAGUUUCAUCAUUUUCUAUGACAGACCAAUCCGAUUUGGCACUACGUCUUGAGAAUUGUAUCGUUGAGUGUCUCGGGGAUAGCAGCGGGGACAUGCUUUUGGUGCUUUCUACCGGGGAGAUGGCCAUCGUGAAAUUCAAGUUAGAUGGGAGGUCAGUCUCUGGGAUCUCGGUUCACCUGCUGCCGGCUCACGCAGGCCUUACCUCCAUGAAUUCCGCGGCAGCUGCUUCAACCUUCAUAGGUGAUGGGAAAAUUUUCCUGGGCAGCGAGGAUGGCGAUUCGGUGCUUUUAGGUUAUUCUUGUUCAUCCUCCAGCACAAAAAAGCACCGUCUGCAAGCAAAGCAAGCGAUAGAUGACUCUGCGGAUAUGUCAGAAGAGGACCAGAGUGAGGACGAUGUGUAUGAAGACGAUCUUUAUUCUACGUCCCCGGACACAACACUUACCGGCCGCCGUCCGUCAGGAGAAUCAUCUGCUUUCGGGCUGUAUGACUUCCGGAUGCACGAUAAGCUUAUCAACAUUGGCCCUUUGAGGGACAUAACCAUGGGAAGGAAGCUACCCACGAACCAAGAAAAGGGAGGCGAUCGUACUAAUAGUACUUCUCCAGAGCUGCAAAUAGUAGCUUCCCAAGGCUCACACAAAAGUGGCGGGUUGGUAGUAAUGGCCCGCGAGAUCGAUCCCCAUGUCGUCGCCUCAAUUUCACUUGAGUCAGUAGACAGUAUCUGGACAGCUUCAUUGACCUGGGAGGAAGAAGCUGUGUCGAGAACGUCUGAGAAGAUAGGGCAACGAUCACAGCGAUGCUAUGUUAUUGCAACAGAGGCCAAAGCUUCCGAUAGGGAAGAAUCGCUCAUCUUCGUUGUGGAUGGCCAUGAUCUAAAGCCUUUCAGAGCGCCCGAUUUUAAUCCCAACGAAGAUGUGACAAUUAACAUUGGGACACAGGAAAGCAGGAAGCGCGUGGUUCAAGUCCUGAAGAACGAGGUGCGGAGUUAUGACAUUGACCUGGGUUUAACUCAAAUAUACCCGAUAUGGGACGAUGACACCAAUGAUGAACGAAUGGCUGUUAGUGCCAGUUUGGCCGACUCUUGUCUUGCAAUCCUACGGGACGAUUCUACGUUAUUGUUCCUUCAAGCAGACGACAGUGGAGACCUUGAUGAAGUAGUCCUUGGUGAGGAUGUGGCAUCUGGAAAGUGGAUAUCCUGUUGCUUGUACAGCGAUAAAACUGGGUUGUUUUCCUCCAUCGAUCGAACACUGAGUGAGCCGGUCAAGAACGAUAUGUUUCUAUUCCUACUCAGCCAUGAUUCCAAGCUCUUCGUAUAUCGCGUCCGCGAUCAAAAGCUGCUAUCGAUAAUCGAGGGGCUGGACGGCCUGUCGCCUCUGUUAUCCAGUGAGCCACCCAAGCGGUCUGGCACACGUGAAAAUUUGAUAGAGGCAAUCGUUGCUGAUCUCGGUGAAACAUGGAGUGCUUCGCCGUACUUGAUUUUACGAUCUGAAACCGAUGACUUGAUAAUCUACAAACCUUUUGUGAUUCCAACAGGUCCAACCGGAGAGAUUCACACCCUGAAGUUUUCCAAAGAAAACAACAGUGUUCUGCCGAUGAUCUCACCUGAUGUCGACUCAGCACAGCCCAGUGGGUCAGAUUAUAGGGCUAGGCCACUGCGCAUCCUGCCCGAUAUCUCGGGACUCAGUGCUGUAUUCAUGCCUGGUGCUUCAGCAGGCUUCGUUCUCAGAACAUCUGCAAGUGCGCCACACUUUCUGCGCUUAAGAGGGGAAAGUCCCCGGUGCAGAACAAUUCGAUUUUGUCAGCUGCCCCCUAUGACACGAUUCGAUUACCAGUGGACUUUGAAAAAGGUGCACCUAGGAGAACAAGUUGAUCACUUAGCUUAUUCCACCUCUUCCGGGAUGUACGUACUAGGGACGUGUCAUGCAACUGAUUUCAAAUUGCCCGAGGAUGACGAGUUGCACCCAGAAUGGCGUAACGAAGCUAUUUCGUUUUUCCCAUCGGCGCGUGGAAGCUUUGUAAAGCUUGUUAGCCCCAAUACAUGGUCUAUCAUCGACAGUUAUUCCCUCGGCACAGACGAGUACGUCAUGGCAAUCAAGAACAUAAGCCUUGAAAUAUCGGAAAACACCCACGAACGCAAGGACUUGAUCGUCGUGGGUACUGCGUUCGCCCGGGGCGAAGACAUACCCUCACGCGGCUGCAUCUAUGUUUUCGAGGUCGUGCAGGUUGUUCCAGACCCAGACGACCCUGAGACAGAUCGCAAGUUGAAGCUUAUCGGUAAAGAAUCAGUGAAGGGCGCCGUGACUGCCCUAUCUGAAAUCGGCGGCCAGGGCUUCGUCCUGGUGGCACAAGGACAAAAGUGUAUGGUCAGAGGCCUUAAGGAGGAUGGUAGCCUUCUCCCUGUUGCUUUCAUGGAUAUGCAGUGUUAUGUCAGUGUCGUGAAAGAGCUCAAAGGCACUGGGAUGUGCAUCCUUGGCGAUGCCGUGAAAGGGAUAUGGUUCGCAGGCUAUUCGGAGGAGCCCUACAAAAUGAGCCUUUUUGCCAAGGAUUUAGACUACCUUGAAGUGUCCGCGGCUGAAUUUCUUCCAGACGGUAAAAGGCUAUUCAUUGUUGUGGCUGACAGCGAUUGCAACAUCCAUGUAUUGCAGUAUGAUCCGGAAGAUCCCAAAUCCUCGAACGGUGACAAGCUGCUUAGCCGCAGUAGAUUUCAUACGGGCAACUUCGCCUCCACGUUGACUCUUCUACCACGUACAAUGGUCUCUUCAGAGAAGAUGAUUUCCAAUUCGGACGACAUGGAUAUCGACAACCAGAGCGCCCUCCACCAAGUCCUGAUGACCACACAGAACGGCUCUCUUGGCUUGAUUACCUGCAUGCCUGAAGAGUCAUACCGCAGAUUGUCUGCUUUACAGUCACAACUGACGAAUACACUGGAACACCCCUGCGGUCUCAAUCCUCGAGCCUUCCGAGCUGUGGAGAGCGAUGGCACAGCUGGUAGGGGUAUGCUCGACGGUAAUCUCUUGUUUAAAUGGAUAGAUAUGAGCAAGCAACGCAAGACAGAGAUCGCAGGACGCGUGGGUGCACGUGAAUGGGAGAUAAAGGCCGACCUUGAGGCCAUUAGUGGUGAUGGUCUUGGCUAUCUCUAA